UAACUGCUAUUUAAUGUUCUGCCAAAAUGACAGACGUUCUCCACUGACUUAUUAUUCUGUGAAUUAAAAAAUACUAUUCGAUUUAAUCGGUGAGUUAUGUUCACAAAUACGUUCUAUUGAAAUUCUGCGAACAUUUUAAACAACACUUUAUUCUGGAAUUGUGAUCCGGAUACUUGUGUUGCGUUCACGGUACCUGGACAUUCCUGGAGAAUCCAUGGAAUGAAUGUGGCAUUCAAGGAAAAGCAGGAGGAAGGAAGGAAGGCGACAGGCGGGGAACAGUGGAGUUAUAAAGAGCAGAAAGUGGUUUAAAUCUCAACCCUGCUGGAACUUUCCGUUCGCUUUACUGUAACCGGGAACAAUUUUCCCAGAAACUCGAACCGCGGAGAAGAACAGCCCCGAGAAAACUCAAGUUUCCCGGAAAAUCGUCGCCUGGAAUUCUGGAGCUCCAAGUGCCACCGUGGAAACAGAUGUCGGCUGAAGAAAAGUAGUGGCUUCAGGAGGAAUGGUCCGAUGUGGCUGGAGCCACACGUGAGGCUGUGAGGAUACAGUUUACUGGGUGGCUCUACUACGGUUACAGGUGGACAAGGAGCAAAGGAUUAUGGGAAAGGAGCAGGAGCUGCUUCAGGCAGUGAAGAAUGGGGACCUGGUGUCCACACAGAAGCUGUUGUCCAAACUGAAGUCCAGCAGGAACAAACUCCUGAGCUCCAAUAAGAGACUAAAUAUUAACUUCCAGGACUGUGAUGGCUUCUCUGCUCUUCAUCACGCCGCUCUGACAGGAACCACGGAUAUGAUCUCAGUCCUGAUCCAGGCCCAGGCCAUGGUGGACAUCAGAGACACCAACGGAAUGCGGCCGCUGCAUUACGCCUCCUGGCAGGGAAAAGGUGACUGCGUCCUGACGCUGCUUCGUGCUGGUGCUUCGGUGAACGCAGUUUCCCUGGAUGGACAGAUCCCGCUGCACCUGGCGGCUCAGUACGGACACUUCGAAGUGUCGGAGAUGUUACUGCAGCACCAGUCCAACCCAUGUCUGAUCAACAAGGCCAAGAAGACGCCGCUGGACCUGGCCUGUGAGUUUGGACGAAUCAAGGUGGCUCAGCUACUGCUCAGCAGUAACAUGGUCGUGGCGCUGGUGGAAGGAGACAAGAAGGAGCCAACAGACUCCGCCUACACCACGCCGCUGCACCUGGCUGCUCGAAACGGACACAAAGACAUCAUUCGGCUGCUGUUGAAGGCUGCCAUCGACAUCAACAAGACGACCAAGUCUGGUACAGCGCUGCACGAGGCAUCGCUGUAUGGGAAAACUGAGGUGGUGCGCCUCCUGCUGGAGGCCGGCAUCGACGUCAACAUCCGAAACACCUACAAUCAGACAGCACUGGACAUCGUAAACCAGUUCACCACGUCACAUGCCAGCAAGGAUAUCAAACAGCUGCUCAGAGAUGCUACAGGCGUUUUGCAGGUCAGAGCACUGAAGGACUUCUGGAACAUCCACGAUCCAACUGCGCUCAACGUUCGUGCCGGUGACAUAAUCACAGUGUUAGAGCAGCACGGAGACGGACGGUGGAAAGGUCACAUCCAUGACAGCAGAGGGACGGACAGAGUGGGAUUCUUCCCUGCCUCCAUCGUGGAGGUCGUCAGCAGGAGGAACGGGGGUGUCCUCUCCCGACAUGCAUCACUGUUCCCAACAUGUCACACCCACAACCAGCUGUCACUCUCCACAAGUUCUGGCCCCCAAACAGGCAGCCCCUACACUAUGUUUGCCCCGCCCCCUCCAUUCAACAUCACUUCCUGUACAGUGGGUGACAGGAGCAGUGUGGGUAGCGUGGGUAGCAGCCGCAGCACAGGGAGUGGACAGAGCAGCGAAGGCAAGACAGCGGCUGCCAAAGUCCAGCAGAACCUGGACCAGAACAUUAACCAGACACCGCCCCCUGCUGCUGACAGUGGAGACCUGGAGCUAAACCAGGAGUCUAAAUCUUCUGCAGGCGGGGCUUCACACCGACGCACUGCAACGGUUCACCAAGGCGUUGAGCAGAGUUUUUGUCAGCAGUUUGUUCGUCCACAGCAGCUGCUGGACGGAAAGGACCAGGAAGCGAUCUUCCAGUGGCUUAGAGACUUCCAGUUGGAACAUUACACUGGGAACUUUAUCAGUGCUGGCUACGAUGUUCCCACCAUCAGUCGGAUGACUCCAGAGGACCUGACGGCCAUCGGAGUGACCAAACCAGGACACCGCAAGAAAAUUUCCAUGGAGAUCAGUAACUUGAACAUUCCAGAGUGGCUCCCAGAAUACAUACCAUCGGACUUGGGGGAGUGGCUCAGUGCCAUCGGACUCUUGCAGUACCAUAAAAAUCUCUGUGAAAAUGGCUACGACUCCAUUAGCAUCGUUAAAGACCUGACGUGGGAAGACCUACAGGAGAUCGGCAUCACCAAGCUGGGUCACCAGAAGAAGCUGAUGUUAGCAGUGAAGAAGCUAGCUGACAUCCACAGAGCCUCCCUGGAAUCAGGCCAAUGCCUUCCGACACACAAAGGCUCUGCUCCGCUCCACCUGUUGGCCUUCCAGCAGUGUGAUUUCACUGGUGAACGCUCUUCUUCUCAAACCCCAAGUAUGACCACCUUCCAGGACAACGAGCUGUGUGCUGAACUGCAAACCUCGACCAGCCACAGUGAAGGGUGUGAAGACAGAGGGACAGUGAAGGACCCAGCAGGACUGUCCCAGAGCCAGGACAGCAUUGACACAAGGUUCAGAGGCUUUGGCCACACACAGGAGCCCCCUGCUGGUUGUAGAACCCCCCAAAAGCGGUCUCAAGAGAACUUUGAUGAGAACAUCCCCCAGAGAAACCUCCCAGAUGGCUGGGAUCAGAGACCACAGCAGCAGCCUCUUCCCAAACAAGUGCCUUUCGGCACAGCCACAGUCUUUAAGUACCAGUGUGUCCCCGACAAACCACAUCAUCUGCUCAAAGGUCUUAACUUCCUUCAUGCUCCCUGUGGCUCCACAGAUCAGAACUUAUCCUCAACAACCGAGGACCAAACCAGGACCCUAAAAACCCCUCAGACCUGUAUGCAGACCACGACCCGCUGUGCUUUGUCAGAUGGAGAACCUGAUGAGGACGACAAUGAUGAAUCUGCACUUCUUAAAGGUAGCAUGCCCUCCUACGCCACUCUAACUCGAAAGCCAGGUCGCAGCUACCCGGCACAUGUACCGUCCAGCCCCGAAAAGAAUGGCAACCUUGGACGCAGUCAGUCAUUUGCAGUGCGGGCCAAGAAAAAAGGCCCCCCUCCUCCACCACCGAAAAGACUAAGUUCUGUCAGCAGUCCCACUGGCACAGAGCCAGGAACUGUUUUUCUGGAAGACAACCUGGAGGAAAUGUGUCCCCAAGGACCCAAACCAGACCCUGUUGAGGAGCCUGAUGAAGCCACGGGUGUGAGGAGGCGGGUUCAGAGUGAGUGCUUCACUGAACACACUAACGUAAACGAGCUGCACCAAGACUUAAAGCACGAGUCAAAAGAAGAAGAGUCCAAAGGUCACACACUGGAAGAGUCCUCCUCCCCUCAGAACAGCUCCAACGAGUGCAUACCGUUUGCAGAAGAAGGAAACCUGACCAUCAAGCAGAGACCGAAGGCUCCAGGACCCCCCCGGGCCCAAGCUGUUCUUGAACCUCCAGAUACAGAUGCAGCCCAGAACUCGGAGGUGCCUGAGUUUAACCUGAAGGAAUCUGACACUGUCAAACGCAGACACAAACCAAAGGACAAGGAGCAGGAAGGAGGUUCCUCGAGCCACGAGGGCUCAGUAUCUGAGGCGGACUGUAGCCCGCCUUUGUCACAGUGUCAGUGGGAGUCCAGCUUUAGGACCAGAGAGGCUGCUCUGGAGAGGCCACCUGGUUCGGCCCCAGGGUCUCCCAUUAAACCCCCACUCUCGGCAAAACCUCCUUUAGUUGCCCCAAAGCCUGCGCGACACAGCCUUAUGGCGGAACCAGAAGCUGGACCAUCUGGAUCCUCUGGACAAUCAGGACCAUCAGGUCCAACUCUGACCUUCAGUGUUGUCCAAAGCGUCGCUUUCACUUCCUCAUGCUCAACAGCUGAACUUGGACCUUUGGAUCCUCCUCCUUCUCCAUUACAGACUGCAUCAAGACGUCAGGCGUGUGUGGGGGCUCCAGUUCCCUUCCAGGCCACUGAGGCGGUCCAACAGAGACUGGACCAGACCAGUACAUCUUUGGAAGCAGCUUUGAUGGCUGUUGAGAACAAACUUAACCAGGAGAAACAUUUGCAAGAGACUCGAACAAAUGUAGUCAAAUCUGCCGGAAACAUCCUGGACGACAUCGGGAACAUGUUUGACGAUUUAGCCGAGCAGCUGGACGCCAUGUUGGACUAAAAAGGAGUGGCGCGGUGUCAGCCUGCCAUGCAGAACAUUUCAAUCCCAUCUAAUCCACACCCUGGAAGUGGGUUGUGUUGGGAAGUGCUUGCUGCAAAAAAAACAAAACAAAACAAAAAACUCACUGAUGAAGGGACAGUUGUUGAAGUGAAACAGAUUAUAAAUCAGACUUAGCAGUGUCUAAUUAUUCCUAGAUAAGGCAUGUCAGGGUAUUUAAAAAGAAAAAAACAACACUCAUGUAGAAAACUGUCAACACAGUUCUGGUGAGUUAUUUAAGUGGACACAGGGGGGCGCUGCUUCUUCACAUUUGUAUUUAAAUAUUUUGUGUGAAUAAUUCUACCUUGUUUUUCUUCCACCAUGUGAAGUCAGUGUUUGACUUUUUUUUCCUUUCUUCUUCUUUAUCGUGACUUUAGUCAAACAUAAUAAAUAUAUAUAUAUAAAUAUAAGGACAUUUGUAAUUUAUCCGAGUUCAUUUAACAGAAUUAAAUUCAUCGUAUGUGCAGGUAAAUUGUAUUGUUAGCAAUAUUAGCACGCUGUGGCUACAUGAACAGGCGACCCUGUGUUUUGGCCUCUGAUUCUCAGGAAGUAAACAAGAGUAAACGAACACGUCAGCAGAUAUUUCCAGAAACAUUAAAAAUAAGUUUUUAAAUACGUUUUUUUUCCUUAAGCAGCGUCAGCUGUGAAUUUUAACAGUAAAGUCCAAGUGUAGUCACCAAGUUUAAUAUAAUUAAAAACAAUACUUUUAACAUUUAUUUUUAUAUUUUGUAUUAAGUUUCAAAAGCACUGUCACAAUGUAUUGAACAAUGGAAUAAACUGAUGAAUCAAA